UUUUUUUGCUGAAAUAUACCAAACCCCCCUCUUGGCCCGCAUCAUCGACCUCCUCUUCUCGGUUCUCCCUCCUCCCCUUUUCCCAUCUCAGACACUCUCGCACCGUGGUAAUCAACAUGGCCGUCAGUCGCCUCGCCUCCUCCACCUCCACCGUCUCCAAGCUCCUCCUCCGCCCCCUCUCCGCCCCGCCCUUCUCCCGAUCCUUCUCCGAGGCCGCCGCCGGAGACGACCAAACCGUCCUCACCAUCGAGACGAGCGUGCCCUUCACCGGCCACAAGAUUGAUCCCCCCUCCCGCUCCGUCGAGGCCACCCCGAAGGAGCUCUUUUCCUUCUUCCGGGACAUGGCCGUGAUGCGCCGCAUGGAGAUCGCUGCCGACUCCCUCUACAAGGCCAAGCUCAUCCGUGGCUUCUGCCACCUCUACGACGGUCAGGAGGCCGUCGCCGUUGGCAUGGAAGCCGCCAUCACCAAGCGCGACUGCAUCAUCACCGCCUACCGCGACCACUGCAUCUUCCUCGGCCGCGGCGGCAAGCUCGUCGAAGCCUUCUCGGAGCUCAUGGGACGCCGCACCGGCUGCUCCAAGGGCAAGGGUGGCUCCAUGCACUUCUACAAGAAGGAGGCCGGAUUCUACGGCGGCCACGGCAUCGUCGGAGCCCAGGUCCCCCUUGGCUGCGGCCUGGCCUUUGCCCAGAAAUACUCCAAGGACGAGACCGUGACCUUUGCUCUGUAUGGUGAUGGGGCCGCCAACCAGGGGCAGCUCUUCGAGGCCCUCAACAUCUCGGCGCUCUGGGAUUUGCCGGUUAUCCUGGUCUGCGAGAACAACCACUAUGGUAUGGGGACUGCCGAAUGGAGGGCUUCGAAGAGUCCCGCAUACUACAAGCGUGGUGACUAUGUUCCUGGUCUGAAGGUUGAUGGAAUGGAUGUUCUUGCUGUGAAGCAAGCAUGCAAAUUUGCUAAGGAACAUGCUCUGAAGAAUGGACCCAUUAUUCUUGAAAUGGACACCUACAGGUACCAUGGGCAUUCGAUGUCUGAUCCUGGGAGCACAUACCGUACUCGUGAUGAGAUCUCUGGCAUAAGACAGGAGCGUGAUCCGAUUGAAAGAGUCAGAAAGUUGAUUUUAACCCACGAGAUAGCAUCUGCCUCUGAACUCAAGGAUAUCGAGAAAGAAAUCAGAAAAAAAGUAGAUGAAGCCAUUGCACAAGCCAAGGAAAGCCCUAUGCCCGAUCCAUCUGAGAUCUUUUCAGAUGUAUAUGUAAAGGGUUAUGGCACGGAGGUAUUUGGUGCAGAUAGGAAGGAGGUGAAAGCUGUUCUUCCAUGAAGUGAACAGCAAUAAAUCUUGGAGAUGUUUAGAAAAAAUAAAGGUGGAAUGUUAAGAUUCUAAUAAUCAUAGCGUUCUCCACUAUUCAAAUUUGUAUAGAAAAACUCCUCUUUAAAUAUGGCAUCUCUGUUUUGUAUUUCAUAAGAGCACCAGAUUUUUUGUUUUUCUAGAUGCCAUCACUGGCAAAGAUAUGGUGUGCUAAAAAUUAUGGGGAUAAAAUUGGCAGCAUUGCAUAAUAAUUAUAUUUUUAUGGCAUGCCUGAAAGA